AUUUUGACGUACGUCCUCAGAAAAUUUACAUAUGGUUCUUCUAGUUUCGAUAAAAUUCCUUGUAUUUGACCACUUAACUCGAGAAAAUAUCUCACUUUUGACCCACAGUCCAAAUUCUGGGUUCGUCCCUGCUCCUAUUGUUUUCAUUCAGAUCACAGUUCAGAAUUUUGAGUUCUUACAUGCACAGAUAUGGCGUCUCGGGUUAUUCUUCUUCAUCAUUGUUCUUCAACUUUCUUCAUCUUCUUCAAAUGGGUGCCUGUGGUGAUCUGCGGUCUCCUGCUCUCUUCGACGUGUUCUGCAUGCAGUUCGGCCUCCUAUGUCGAGUCCCUGCCCGGUUUUGGACCACUCCCCUUCAAGCUUGAAACCGGAUACGUAGGUGUGGAUGAGAAGGAUGAAGUGCAGCUCUUUUACUACUUUGUCGAAUCAGAGAGGAAUCCGUUGGAAGACCCGCUCGUGCUCUGGCUCACUGGGGGCCCAGGCUGCUCCGGCAUAUCUGGGCUAGUCUAUGAGAUAGGCCCUUUACGAUUCAAUAAAAUCAAGUACAAUGGGACAUUGCCGAGUCUCACGAUUAAUCCUUUUUCUUGGACUAAGGUCUCAAGCGUGAUCUUUAUUGAUGCACCGGUUGGCACUGGAUUCUCGUACUCAAAGACCUGGGAGAGUUCUUGGACUGGAGACAGACUCCAUGCACAUCAAUGCUACACGUUUCUAAGAAAGUGGUUGCUCAAUCACCUGGGUUUCAUUGACAAUCCAGUCUAUAUCGCUGGAGACUCCUACUCGGGAAUGAUUGUUCCAUUGAUUGCCCAAGAAAUAUUAGAUGGUGAUGCAGCUGCUUCUACCAAACAGAGGAGAGUAAAGCACCGAAGGAUGGUCAAGAAACUGGCCAAAGACAGUAAAAUCUAGACAGAAGAUGAGUGAACUUGCACAAAUUGACGGGUAACUCACGGUUACGUGAUUCACGGGUGCGAUCAAUGGUUGGCAGUCGGGACACAAGGCUGCGCCACAACCCUGGUGCAUCUGCUAGGCCUAUGUCCAAAGCGCUGGUGCAUGGUAUAGUUUUUGCAGAAAGCUGGAUUGGUUAUGGUGUUGAUCGGGUGACAUGAUUCUGUUGAAGCAGGAUAAGUAUUAUCUUGUCGGGUAUCAAGGUAUUCAAGUGUCUAAAAAACGGAUUUGCUAAAUUAUGCUAGUAUAUGGAAUUAUACAGUAGAAACAUUUGUUUCUGCUCCAGCAAUGAGGAACGAUGAACAUCCUGCAUCGAGUAAGUUUGCUUUUGGUCUUCAGUCUCUAGCUAUGUUGUUUUGGAGCAUCGGAGAUCAGAAGUUAGUCUUGGAAUCAUUUGUAAUAUUCUCCCCUCCUUUUGGUUGUGAAUCUUGGAUAUUCCUUAAUCCAGAAACAACAUUCUACACUGCCAAUUGUUGCUGCCGAGAAAUAAGAUUUGGCUAGUUCGAUGA